CCCCUCCGGCCGAUUUUGAAUUCACUGUAAAGGCACUCUGCACGUGCUCACUGGCUGCCUAGAUUUGAAAACAGCCCUUCCAAAGUCCUGCUCCCAGUCUUGAUCUCGGAUGACCUGCCUUCUAAAUUUAUUUUAUUUAUUUUAUUUUAUUUUAUUUUAUUUUAUUUUAUUUUAUUAGAUUUUUAUACCGCCCUUCUCCCGAAGGACUCAGGGCAGUGUACAGCCAGAUUAAAACAGCACAAUAUACAAAUUAAAACAACAAUUAAAAUACAUAUUCUAAAGAUGGGCUAAUUAAAACCGUCGAAUAAAACCGUCGGAAUCAAAUUCUUGAUUCCGGUCAGACUUUGACCCAGCCUGGCAAAAAGGGCACCUGGAACCCUCAUCUCAGUUUGUUCUGAAUUUUUUAAGUUAACCAAAACUGGGUUACGGCGCUUCUGGCCAGAAAAACAAAAAAGGCUGAUUUAUAAAUCCUACCCAAAAAACAAUUUUGCUUUGCCGGCCCUGUUUUGAAUUCAUCAGGAACCGUCCGCUUGCUUGUGUGUGUUUCUCUCUCUCUCUCUCUCUUUGUGUGUGUGUGGAGGUGUGUGCUGCACAAGGCUCCUUUUGGGGGGAGGAGUGUGAAUGUGUUAAACAGGACAGCAGAGGAUUAUCAGGCAGAAAUCCAACAGGUUCUUGCAGGGAAACCUAACAGAGACCAAGGCUAAAUCUUAUGGUAAUGCUAUUCUUUUGCAUUUCAAGGGGGGAGAACCAGAGCAGCUUUCCCCUGGGUAGAGGGGCUCCCAGUCCUGUCCCCCCCCCACUUUUCCUCUCUUCAUGCCUGCCAGGGAUUUUAGAGGGGGGGGGGAAGACUCUGCCCCUUUUGCCUGAAUUGCAAUUCAACAGGUGAAAAUCCCUGGGGGGGUGGGGGUGGGGCAAACCCCUUCUCUUUUGUCUUCUGCAAUGGCCCGGAAAAGCCAUUGAUCUCCACUGAUCCCUUGGGGGGGCUCCCUGAAGCUGAUCCAGGAGCCCGGGUUUUCCCUGCCCCUCCUUUGCUAAACUCCUCACAGCUCCCCCACCCUCCGCCCUGAGGCCAAAGCGGGGAGGGGGGGGGCUGUGCUGGGAGUGCCAAAGCAGGGUGAACCCCCCCCCAACCAUCAGCCAAAGGAACUUUGAGGGGGGGGCCCUCUCUGGUCCCUUCAGAGCCCUUCACAACACAAGGCCCUUCCUGCCUCCCUGGGCCAAGGAAAGGCUGAGCCAAGGUAUACCUUCUCCCCCACCACCCCCCCGCAUGGGAAAAUGAGGGGGUGCCCAUGCCGUGCCCCAGAUUCCUUGGCAAAAUUGGUAACAUUCCGCCAGAAAGGGGCGGCCUGGGGAAGCCCCAAAACUGCCCACAAAGAACAGCAGCCCCCCUGAAUCUAAUUUGGGAUGGGGGCUUGGGGAGGGUCCCACUCCUUCGGCUUCUUGGGGGGCUGAUGAUCCAGUGAGCUGGGUGGGAGACCCGGGGUUGAUUCUGGGGCCCAUCAAAGGGGCUAACGCCCUAUGCGACACCCCCCCCCCCGUGCUGCAGUUCUCAAGCCUCAUUUCCUCCUGAUGGGCUUCACUACAACUCCCAUCAUCCUGCACGCAGCAGCCCUUGGGGUCCAAACGAUACCAAGGCAGAGAGGUUGAGGUGGGGGCUGCUUUAAACGCCCCGAUCUUGACCGGCGUCGGUUAUCGGUGAGUCGGGGAAGCCGCCGGCGGGGAAGCGUACGGGGGUCUCAGUCUUGGAAAGUUCCGCGUGGGACCCCCACCCCCACCGUUUCUGCUGCUUUUAGGGGCGCCUCUCGGGGUCCCCGGCGCGGCCCAGGGCAAAGCAGGAGGGUCUGACGGCCGCGGGAGAUCCUCUCGGAGUUGCGCCUGACCAGGAGAUGAUGGGCUUAGAUUAGAAUGAACGAGCUGGAAGGGACCUUAAAAGAUCUUCUAGUCCAGCCUCCUGCUCAAGCAGGAGAACCUACCUAUCCCGUUUCAGAUAAGGGACUGUCCAGUGUCUCAAGCGGAGCCCGCCCGGCCCUUCUCGCGCGCUCCGGAGCCGUGCCAGCACUCUGCUUAUGCUCAGAAACCCAGCGCUUUCCCCGAAAAAGACGGAGCAGCCUGGAGGGCUGGGCUCGGGAUAAAGCAGGGUUGGGGUUGAGGUUCGCGGUGCCUUCGAGGGCAAAGCCUGGGCGCGCGGGUGGGGGACGUGGAGGCGAAGGGGGUCGCUCCCCGGGGCGCCUUUCCCCGGCCGGGAUGGGGGCAGAGCGGGGCGGCAGAAGGGACGGGGGGAGGCAAGGGGGAGGGCGUGGCCUGGAGGGGCGUGGCCUGGCGCCCUAUAUCCCAGAACCGACCGGCCCCACGUGCUCCGUUGCUGCCGGCUGCUCCAGGCACGGGACCUCUCGAGGCUCUCCAGUCGCGCCGCCUCCCCUCCCUUUCCUCCGACGGGCGAAAGGAGGAUGUUCGCGGGCUUUUACAUCCCGGAGGCGGCCCCGAGGGGCUGGGCGGCGGCGGGCCCGUCCCAGCCGGUCCCAGCCCAGCCCGCUCCCUCGCCGCAACCCGAAGCGUCGCCGUCGGAAGCCCCGUCGGAGAAGGUGAAGCGCCCCAUGAACGCCUUCAUGGUCUGGUCUUGCGGGCAACGGCGGCGGAUGGCCCAGGAGCACCCCAAGAUGCACAACUCGGAGAUCUCCAAGCGGCUGGGCGCCGCCUGGAAGCGCCUCGACGACGCCGAGAAGCGGCCCUUCAUCGACGAGGCCAAGCGGCUGCGGGCCCGCCACAUGCAGGACUACCCGGACUACAAGUACCGGCCGCGGCGGAAGAGCCGGGCCGGCCGGGAAGCCGGCGGCGGCUCCCAGGCUCUCCUGCCGGGACCCUCCACGCCCCUCAGGUGGACGGCUGCCUACGCCGGCUCGCCCGACGACUUCCGAGGAAGCCCCGCAGGUCCGGGACUGGCUCCGGGCGGAGGCUACGUGAUUGGGGCCGCCGCGGCGCCCUGCAACAGCCUGGUUUACGGCACGCCAACCCAUCCUGCCUUCACCACGAUGCCAAGAAAGCCGGACGGCGGUCUUCAGCAUCCACUCGGGAACUUCCCGGACAUGGUGGGCAUUUACGGGCUGCAGGGCUGCGAGGCCUCCGAUGCAGCCAUCCCGGGCUGCCUCCCGGAGUACCCUCACCAGCCCCCGGGGUUCAGCAGCCUUGACCCCUUGCCCCCCCUCUAGCAAGGAGACGGCACCACCAGGACACGACUCCAGCUGCCAGCCCGCAUUUCAGGAUUAUUUUACCAGGCAAAAGGAAGGCCCAGCCAGAACAAGACAAACCAGGAAAGGUGGACAGUCUGGAGAGAGGUGCAAAGACGCCCCCUCCCCUAACUGGGACCUAAAGAAGUGGGGGUGGGGAGAGAGUUCCAGACAGUGGCCUGACCCGAACUGUAUCUGUGGGGCGACUGCCAGCAUGAAGAGGUUAAGGACGUUUUAUAAGGAGUACAAAGUUUUUUUAUAUAUAUAUAUAAACGAAGGUUUUUUUUUUAUAUAAACCACCAAUAAAAGAUUGUUUAAAGAGCAGAGUUUGCAGAGUUCAACUCAUUUACAUCCCCCCCCCUCCCAAGAGCCAGGGAGAAGCCCCUCCCC